AUGCUACUUUGGAUCAAAGGAGCUUUAACUCCUCAGGAAAUCAGAGACAAAAUCAUGGAUCCUUUCUCAGACUUUCAAAGGAAAAUAGUUGAAUAUUUGGAGGCUGUUCACAUUGGUGAAUUUAUGACAGGGUCCAUGGAUAAGGUGAAACAUGAGGUAGAGAUAGAGAAAAAUCAAAACACAAAUUAUAAGGAUCCAACUCAGACUUUACCUGAAGCACCUCCUCCAUUUUGUGACUGCAAUAAUUGUGAAAAAUGUGAAAAUCUUAGCACCUGGUGGAAAGAAUAUGCAAAGAGAGUAGAUGAUCUGAUUCUGAGGUCUAAUGUACAUGAUUGUGGAAGGAACAAAUCAGGAAAAUGUAAAGCUAGAUUUCCCAGAACAUUGUAUGAUCAGACAGAGGUGGAUUCAAACACUGGGGCCUUGAAUGUUAAGAAAGGAGAGGAAUGGAUUAAUACUUUAUCUCCUCCAGUCACUUAUCUGCUCAGAUGUAACUCAGAUGUAACAAGCCUUCUAUCUGGUACAGCCAUCAAAGCUAUAGUGGCAUAUAUAUCAGAUUAUGUGACCAAGCCUGGGUUAAAAACUUAUGCUAUAUUUGAUGCUAUUAGGAGUGUAUUUAGGAAGAAAAGAAAAGGCAAGAAAAAUUGUAACACAAGCUAG